CGACGCUCUACGAGAGGAGAAUGAAAGCAAAUGAUGCGCAUACAACACCGAGAGUUAAUUUACCAUCAGAUAAUCUCAAUUCUAGACUACUCGGCACCCCAACUAAUAGCAGUACAACCAACAAUCGCACACAUUUCCCGAGAACACCAUUCGCUAGUUACUUUGGAAGGUCUACUGAGAGUACUCCAUUGUUGCAGUCGCAUAUAAACCCCCCUAGCCCUGGUCAAAGCUAUUUCGGCUCGAGAUCGUUGGGGAUGGCUAUCAAUAGACAUCGUAAUAAGUCUAAAAAGCAUGGAUAUGAUGAUCUAUACGAAAAUGAUAUGGUCGAAUCUGGUAAAGGAGUUCGUACCUAUGCACAUACGCAUACUUCGAUCGAUUACAUUCACGAUAAGGUCAAGGAAGGUGUUAGACUUAGACGUUUGCUGAGGAAGAAAGGCAUUCGUGGUUUCUUGGAGAAAUCUUUCGAUAGAGCUCAAGGAUGGUUUAUAGUAACAAUCAUCGGAAUAGUUACAGCUAUCAUCGCAUUCACAAUAGUACGCACAGAAGCAUGGUUGUUUAGUUUCAGAGAUGGAUAUUGCUCAAAUUCAUGGCUUAAAUCUAAGCAGUUCUGCUGUAAUAUAAAGUAUACCAGCCAUCAAGACAACUUUUCUUAUCUAAGCGCUUCAAUGCCAACACUUACAACUGAUUGCCCAGAAUGGACAAGCUGGGAAGAUACCUUUGGAAAACGCUCAUCUACUCUUCUUAAUUGGACAAUGGCUAUAGCAUUCGCAUUCAUAUCAUCCAUCAUCACAGUUUACAUAUCAGCAUCUAACGCACCUUGGGUUAACGACUCAAAUAGCGCUCGUUUGGAAGCAUAUCAUCAUGCAGCUUCUGGUAGAAAACAGUCAGUUUCCUCACCCAUGAGCUGUUCACCUCAGCCGCAUCCUUCAUUGCACUCUCACAGGGACUCUAUAAGUAGCUUUUUAUACUCAAAUGGCACAAAUAAGACAAAUUCUUUACAUUCACAUUCUCUUUCUAGGAAAUCUAGUAGUGAUGAUGACAAUUCCUUAUAUAGUGAUUCUGACAACUUUGAGGAGGAAUUACAAGCGAAUAAUGACGAAUAUGCUGAUCAGUUUGAUACAACUAAUUUGCUAUCCACACCAACAGCUGAGAAGUUACAAUUGACAAGCCCACAUAAUUAUCCCGUUAUGUACUUUGCCGCAGGAAGCGGUAUACCAGAGAUGAAAGCAAUUUUAUCUGGAUUCGUAAUAAGGGGUUACUUGGGUGUAUGUACUUUACUAUGUAAAGGUAUCGGGUUGGCUUUUAGUGUAGCUUCUGGUUUGAAUUUAGGUAAAGAAGGUCCCAUGGUACAGAUUGCUGCAUGUGUUGGAAAUAUUACAUCAAGAUACAUUCGUAAAUUUGAAACAAAUGAAGCUAAACGUCGUGAAAUUAUAUCAGCUUCUUGUGCAGCAGGUGUUAGUGUAGCAUUUGGUGCACCAAUUGGUGGUGUUUUAUUCGCAUUAGAAGAAAUUUCUACGUACUUUCCUCCAAAGGUUAUGUGGAGAGCUUUCUAUUGCGCAAGUUUAGCUGCUGUUACAUUGAAAUUUUUAGAUCCUUACGGCACUGGCAAGACAGUAUUGUUUGAAGUAACAUACGAUCAAGAUUGGAAAUUCUUUGAGUUACCAUUUUUCUUCAUAAUUGCUAUAGCUGGUGGUUUAUACGGUGCUUACUUUUCAAAGUUUAAUAUUUGGUGGGGAAAGAAUGUAAGGAUGCAAUCAAUCGUUAAGUCACAUCCAAUUAUUGAAGUAGUUGUAAUUACUUUAAUAACCGCUGUCAUUUCUUCUUACAAUCCCUUAACUGAAAUGGGAGGAACAGAGUUGGUUUCGACUUUAUUGAGUGAAUGUCCUUCAAAGUCAUCUGGUAAAAAGCUCAAAGGAAUAUUCGCCACACUUUGCGCAAGGGAAGGUCAAGCACCAUGGGGUAUUAUCAAGACACUUUCACUCGCCAUAGGUAUCAAAAGUGUUUUGACUGUCAUUACAUUUGGUAUGAAAUUACCUGCUGGUAUUUUUGUACCUACUUUAGCAGUUGGUGCCUGUUUUGGUAGAAUGGUUGGAUUGGUUAUCGAAUAUUGGUCAAUAGUUCAGCCAGAUUCGGCUUUGUUUGGUCAAUGUAAAAGUCAAUCGAAGUGCAUGUUAAGUGCAAUAUACGCACUUAUUGGAGCGGCCUCUGCACUUUCUGGUGUCACUAGAAUGACUAUAUCUUUAGUCGUUAUCGUAUGUGAAUUAACAGGCACGUUAAAUUACGUAGUUCCAACAAUGCUAUCAAUCUUGAUCUCUAAAACUUUAGCAGAUACAAUCGAACAUAAAGGCAUAUAUGAUCUCAUUAUUGAUAUGAACAAGUUACCUUUCUUAGAUGCUAAGCAUGAGUACAGAUUUGGUAAAGAUUCAGUACUAGAUGUCGCAACUAAAAAAAUACCCGUGAUAAGGAUUGAUCAGGAACAUUCAGUUUGCACAUUAUUAGACAAGUUGGAUAGUUUAGUAAUGAGAGGAUUAUCAGAUUCAGGAUUUCCUUUAAUAAUUGAUGAUGAAGGUAUAAUUAGAUUAGUUGGAUACAUAGCAGCUAAUGAACUAGAGCAUGCGCUUGAUUCACUUUCACAUAAUCCAUCAGCUCGUGUGAGAUUUACACCAUUCGAUACACUCCAGAAUAGCAUUUUAACUCAAUCUACAAAUAAUUCCAAUUCUAAUUCAAGAUCAAGGCUUACACUCUUUAAGAGAUUUUCAGGUGUACAUGACGCACCACUUUCGGCAAAUCCUUAUGAUCUUUCAGCAUAUUGCGAUCUCAGUCCUGUCGUAGUUAGACCCGAAGCACCUAUGGCAUUAGUACAUGAUAAUUUUAGUAAGUUGGGCGCAAGGCAAGUAUUUGUCGUUGACUCAAUUGGUGGUUUUCAAGGUGUUGUUUAUAGAAAACGUUGGAUUGAUUACCUUAAAUCAUUGGAGUAAUAUAUUGUCUCAUUUAGGAAAGUACGACCGUUGUUCAACAAUUUUUUUAACGAAUUCAUUUACGAUUAAUUCUCAAUUUAUCUUAUUUAUACUAAUAGCUGUUGUUACAUCG